UUCAGAAGUUGAGAGAAGAAGAAGAAAAAAAAAAGUUAGUUCGGUUAGUGAGAAGGCUGUGAUUUUCAAUGCGCAGUACAGUCGUUACCAAUGUCUGCGUUACAGGAGCCGUAAACUUCUGGGAAAGUCAAACGGACAGCACAUUUAAAGAGUUCAAAUACUUCAGAAGAAGUUUAAACGAGAAACUUCAGUAGAUAUGCGCGUUUCCACAUUUAUUGGGGUGUUCUCGGGAAGCAGAAAAGCACACCGUUGCCUACUUUUUUUCGCAAGGCUUGGAUAAUUAAUAAAAGUGGACGGACCGAAAACGACUUUGAGCUGCUUGGAUUUAAUUUUUAGUCAUUGUAUGGUUGCAGUCAACUUUCCUGUUUACACCAUCUCAGUCGGAUAAAAAGAAGGGGUCAGUUUCAUCUGGAGUCAUGGAUCCGAGCCAGCACAACCCUCCUGCCGGCCAUCAGAUCGUCCAUGUUCGGGGAGACUCCGAGACCGAUCUGGAGGCUCUCUUUAAUGCUGUGAUGAACCCGAAAAACGCCAUCAGCCCCCCUUCCGUGCCGAUGAGGAUGAGAAAGCUGCCAGACUCAUUCUUCAAGCCGCCAGAGCCAAAGUCCCACUCCAGACAAGCCAGCACGGAUGCAGGUACUGCUGGUACCCUCACGCCCCAGCACGUCAGGGCACACUCCUCUCCCGCCUCCCUGCAGCUGGGUGCAGUUUCUCCUGGCACCCUGAGCAGCAUGGGUCCAGCAAACGCCCCACCUCAGCACCUCCGCCAGUCUUCUUACGAAAUACCUGAUGAUGUGCCACUGCCCCCAGGCUGGGAGAUGGCCAAGACCCCUUCAGGCCAGAGAUACUUCCUAAACCAUAAUGACCAGACGACCACCUGGCAGGACCCACGUAAAGCCCUUCUUCAGAUGAACCAGGCCGCCCCGGCCAGCCCAGUGCCUGUGCAGCAGCAGAACAUCAUGAACCCUGCCUCAGGUCCUCUUCCUGAUGGUUGGGAGCAAGCUAUUACCUCAGAAGGAGAGAUCUACUAUAUCAAUCACAAGAACAAAACCACCUCUUGGCUGGACCCACGACUUGACCCGCGUUACGCUAUGAACCCACAGCGAAUUUCCCAGAGUGCUCCAGUGAAGCAAGGCUCCCAGUUGCCCUCCAGCCCGCAGAGCGGAGUGCUGGCUGGAAACAACCAGAUCAGACUGCAGCAGAUCCAGAUGGAGAAAGAGAGACUGAGGAUCAAACAAGAGCUCCUUCGCCAGAGACCCCAGGAGCUCGCCCUGAGAAACCAGCUGCCGAACAGCAUGGAGCAAGAUGGAGGCACUCAAAACCCUGUGUCCUCACCCGGGAUGGGACAAGAUGCCCGUAACAUGACCACCAACAGCUCUGACCCGUUCUUGAACAGUGGGACAUAUCACUCCAGAGACGAGAGCACAGACAGUGGCCUGAGCAUGAGCAGCUACAGCGUCCCCCGCACUCCAGACGACUUCCUCAACAGUGUGGACGAGAUGGAGACAGGUGAUACCCUCGUCCCCAGCUCCAUGGCAACACAGCCCAGCCGCUUCCCCGACUACCUAGACGCGAUCCCGGGCACAGAUGUGGACCUGGGCACCCUGGAGGGAGAGAGCAUGGCGGUGGAGGGCGAGGAACUGAUGCCCAGCCUGCAGGAAGCCCUGAGCUCUGACAUCCUCAACGACAUGGAGACUGUACUGGCGGCUACCAAGAUCGACAAGGAGAACUUUCUAACCUGGCUUUAGAGCACCUGGAUCCAGCACUACGCCUUCUCGUCCAACAUGCUGAACUGCUUUCUAAUCCAGUCUGUGAAGGAUGUGUAGAUGCUCUGAGUUGAGAAAAGAAAAGACAUUACCUACUUGACAGUUUUUUUUUGUUUUGUUUCGUUUUCCUUAUCUUCUAUUCACUACGUUUGGCCGAAUGGGUUUUAAAAGCUGAGGUAUUUUAACCUUUGGACCUUUUGUGCUUCUUUUUUUUUUCAUGUCUGCAUCCUCAAGGCUGGCCCAUGAACAGACAAGUAUUCACAAGUACCCGAAUCUCUUUCACGGCUGUACUGACAGCCCAUCAGCGUGCAAGUAUGCGAAUGUGAAGUUGUGUGCACGAAGUGUCGUUUCUCCCCUCAUGAAAACUCCUCUCUGGGUUCCCCAAGAGAGAGAAAUAAAGACAGACGAACCUCUAAAUCAACCUUCUGCAACUUCCUGUGGCUGCAGAUCCCAUCUCAGAACAUCCUUGAUCUCAGCUCGCCUAUUUUUUUUUACUCCCAGUAAUGAGCCUGAGAAACCAAAAAGUGAUGAGGAGGUCGUCUGUACGUGUUUUCUGAUAGGAUUGUGAUUGAAAGGUCUAAAUCGUAAGGCUUUGGUUAAUUAAAUACUGCUGCUUGGCUGUGCCAGCAUAUCACACUAGAAACUGUAGAAUCAAGUGCCUUCAGACAAAAAAAAUGAAACACGAUCCUGUCGUUUUCACACUAGAGAUCAUAGAUCAAAUUUGACGUUUGCUUUUACUUACCUGCUUCAUUAAUCAAAGUAUAUUUCUUUCAAAGGUUUUAUAAA